UGGGGACUCGGUACUGCACGCUUUUUAACAACUGCCAGACAUUAUGGAUGUUGUGCCAGUCCAACACUGAGCAGGAAGGGUGAAGGAAGAGGACUUUCAUUUCUUCUCGUCCUCCUUCUCCUCCUCCUCCUCCUCCUCCCUUCACACGCCCUGAAACACUGAACCCAGUCGGAGAAAGCUUCUCGACUGUCUGACUUUUCUCGGCCUGAGAUAUGUACAGGUACCUGGGGCAGCUGCUUACCCGAGCCGCCGGGAGCGGUGCCCUGGCCUCGGGCUGCGCGGACGCGGCUCUGCCGGCCACCGCGUCUCUGCUCCGGCUCCGGCACUACAGCCAGGCCGUGGACAAGGAGGAUGACCCGAACUUCUUCAGGAUGGUGGAGGGCUUCUUUGACCGUGGUGCGGCCAUAGUCGAGGACAAGCUCGUGGAGGACCUGAAGACCAGGGAGACUCCGGAGCAGAAGAGGCACCGAGUUCGGGGAAUCCUGAAGAUAAUCAAACCGUGCAAUCACGUCCUCGCCGUUUCCUUCCCUCUGAAGCGCGAUAACGGAGAGUGGGAGAUUAUCGAGGGCUACAGAGCCCAGCACAGCCAACACAGGACUCCCUGCAAAGGGGGUAUCCGUUAUAGUACAGAGGUUUCUGUUGACGAAGUGAAAGCUUUGGCUUCUUUGAUGACAUAUAAGUGUGCUGUUGUCGAUGUGCCUUUUGGUGGAGCGAAAGCUGGAGUGAAGAUCAACCCCAGGAAUUACUCAGACAAUGAGCUGGAGAAAAUCACAAGGCGAUUUACCAUUGAGCUGGCUAAGAAGGGAUUUAUUGGGCCUGGCAUUGACGUCCCUGCUCCUGACAUGAGCACUGGAGAGAGGGAAAUGUCUUGGAUUGCUGACACAUACGCCACCACCAUGGGCUACCAUGACAUCAAUGCUCAUGCGUGUGUGACUGGUAAGCCCAUCAGCCAGGGUGGAAUUCACGGCAGAAUCUCGGCCACUGGUCGCGGAGUCUUCCACGGCAUUGAGAACUUUGUGAAUGAGGCUUCUUACAUGAGUCAUCUGGGCAUGACUCCAGGCUUCGGAGACAAGACCUUCGUUAUUCAGGGCUUUGGAAAUGUGGGCCUGCACUCCAUGCGUUAUCUGCAUCGCUUUGGGGCAAAGUGUGUGGGCGUGGGCGAGCUGGACGGAAGCAUCUGGAACCCUAGUGGUAUUGACCCCAAAGAGCUUGAGGACUAUAAACUGGCCAAUGGUACUAUUGUAGGCUUCCCUAAAGCAACACCUUAUGAGGGCAGCAUCUUGGAGGCAGACUGUGAUAUUUUGAUCCCUGCUGCCAGUGAGAAGCAGCUGACCAGGAACAACGCCAGCAAGAUCAAGGCUAAGAUCAUUGCUGAAGGAGCCAAUGGACCAACCACCCCUGAGGCUGACAAGAUAUUCCUGGAGAGGAACAUUAUGGUGAUUCCUGACAUGUAUCUGAAUGCUGGUGGUGUGACUGUCUCCUACUUUGAGUGGUUAAAGAACCUGAACCACGUCAGCUACGGCAGACUGACCUUUAAAUACGAGAGAGACUCUAACUACCACCUCCUCAUGUCUGUGCAGGAGAGUCUGGAGAGGAAGUUUGGGAAGCAUGGUGGAGCCAUAGCUGUGGUGCCCACCUCUGAAUUCCAGGCCAGAAUUGCUGGAGCAUCUGAGAAGGAUAUUGUGCACUCGGGCCUGGCGUACACCAUGGAGCGCUCUGCCAGGCAAAUCAUGCGCACUGCCAACAAGUACAACCUGGGGCUGGACCUGCGGACAGCAGCCUACGUCAACGCCAUUGAGAAAGUCUUCAAAGUGUACAACGAGGCUGGCCUCACCUUUACAUGAGCAGCUGCAUGUCUGCUCUGCAUGUCUGUCUGUUCAUCAACACAGACUUACUGUAUCUCACGUGCCCCCCAAAAAAAUCUAAAUCACACAAGUUUACAUUACACACUAAUACUAUAGUCUCUGUUAUACACGCACAUGGCUCUGAGGUUUUUUUCUGUACUACUCACGGUUUUUACCCAAGCCGUAAAUCCAAAGCUGCUUCUUUCCUUCAUCCAUACCACCCCAGUCUGACCAAAUACCCUGCCAAGAAAAAACAAAAAAUAGAUAUAGAUCGAUUUUGUAUCUUCUUAUUAAAUUUUGUUAUUUUACACUCUUCUCAGUGAUGCUGUUUUCAGGGGAGUUUAAACACCAGCUGAUAUGCAGACCUAUCAAGCCUUAAUAUCACAGCAGCACUUUAUAAGAAAGAAAAAAAAAACAGUGCUUCUGUUCUCUUAUUUUUUUGAGUUGUUAUAACCACUCACCAAACAGAGGCAUGAGAGAUAUGCAUGAAAGACAAUGACUUAAAGAUGGCUUUUCAUAUGUUACCAAAGUUACACAGAGAAAUGUAUUUAUCUUUUGCUGCACUUCACCCUGAUGGCUUAUUACUUUAUUAUCAGAAUGAAAUUCUGGUGCUCUUUUGCCAGAAUUUGCAGGGAGCUGAUCAUCUCUAUAUCCGGAUGCUUCCUCACUUAAACAUAUGGACCAGGUCUAAAUGGUUAAUGUACUGAAAUUUAAGCAUCGAGUAUAUAUAUAUACGGAAGGGAUUAUAUGGGGGGGGGGGGGGGGGGUGGUUUAUUUUCUGUCUCAUAUCAACAAUGAGGAUAAAAACAGUUCUUAUGAAACUUUUGAGACUAUUUUGAUGGGAGGGACAGGAUUUGUAUGGCCUUGUUUGAAAUAUUAUAUUAAUAAAAAAAUUAAACAAG